AUGGUUCGUCGACAUUUGGAGUGGUUAUUGUCGGCCCGUUUUGGAAGGAGUCCGCUUCUCGUGGAACGGGCUGUUGUUGGCCUUCUACGUAUUGCCAACAGGAAUCUGUUCCGAGACAAUACGGUAGCAGAUGAUGUGCUUCAAUCUCUCUCAUUGCUUUUGCGCCUUUCACCAAAAGCUAUGUAUGUGUUUUCACGUCAAAUUUCGUAUGGACUUCACGAAUUAUUACGAACAAAUGCAGCCAACGUACAUAGACGAGAGCACUGGGCUGUACUGUUUGCACAUUACUUACGCAGCAGCUGGUGCCGCUUUCCCUUCAAGAUGAAUGCCACAUCCGCAAGGGGCCCGCGUCGGAUGAGGAUGCAAGAUUUUCGCGAAUGGGAAACCAUAAUCACUCGUCCACAGACGGAUGAUCGCGGCUACACUUCCGACGACCCAAAAAGAGUACAGAGCGAAUCUCAUUUCCUCUUGGUCUGCUUGGGUGGAAAUGCUGCGCGAGUCUGUGGUUUCUCCCGUGGAUCGCUGGUACUGCGAACUAAUCUAGGCAGGCACGAACCAGCAUCUUUCCUGAAGGUGUGUGAUACUCUGUCGUUCUUGCUACGAGAUGCCAUCCAUGUGACACCGGACAACUUUGAAUCCUGUGUGGCAUGUUUACGGACAAUGGUCGAGGCGAGUCUGGAUGGUGGAAGGUAUGCCGCUGGUCCACUCAGUGGUGAUGCACAAAAUCGACUUCGGAGCCACGUUGACGACCGCAUGAAAAGACCGAAAGCGGCAAAACCUGGAAAAAAAGACCUGUCAACAGAUGUGACAGGUGACGAUAGUGAGAUCCGCCGAGAGGAACAACAACUUACCGCUAGCUAUCAACAGGUUUCACUGCAAUUGCUUGACCUUUGCUCAACACUUCAUAGCCUAGCACCGGGUAUUUUGGCUCACUGGGCGAAAUCUCAACCAGAAGUGGACGCAUCUAUACCGCACAUAUGGUGCACGGUUUGGCGACCACUCUUGCAAGCAAUAGCCAGGCUGGGAUGCGACUGUCGACGACUGGUUAGAGCGGCAGCCUUGACGCAUUUGCAGAUUUUCUUUCCGAUGAUGCACUGA